AUGUCGGCCCCAGAACGUACGUAUCCACUGCAAAAGCCUAAAAACCAUGUUCCUCCGAUUCCUCGAUACCAACUUGUUCUCGGAACCGAGACAGACCGGGUACAAACGGCAUACAUAGGCAUUCAACAGCAUUCGAAAUCCGAGGAUGCCACGAAUGCACGGAUCCAGGCAAUCAAGAUCAUUGAGACGUGGCUCCAUGGCCAAGAUGGCGUGCGCCCUUCCGCGUCAGAGGCAUUCACCCUUCUCGAUGGAAACGACGGAAAGAAUGCCAUUAUCUGGGUCUGUUACUGGCGAGACGAAGAAAGUUAUAAGAAGAGCAUGGGAUUAUUAAAUUUGAGGGCUCUUUAUUUCAGCUUACCUGCCGCCGGUCGCAAAUCCAUCGGCAUAUGGCAGGAGAGUUUCUCUACUCCGGCACCAAGACUGGAGACCAAUUACUCUGGCCUCGACUACCUUCCGGGGCUUGCAAGACUACCAGAAACAAGCACGGCUGAGCAUUCUCUCUCAGCAUACUGGGGAGCAGCAAGAGAUCGAAUCCCGGACUCUGCCCAUGAUCUUUUCGACGGGGUAGACGCAGAUCGCACUACAACUGUUCCAGCGGGGCUUGGGCAGCAUCUUGUUGGAACCAACCAUCAUAACCUGGUUCACAUUCGCUCCGGCCAGUUCUGGGAGAAUUGCGACGCGAAAGAGAGUGCCGCAUACGAGGAGAAAUUAGAGCCCACACUUCGACAAGGUCUGCAGUAUCUCUGGGACAACCCCGAGGAAGGCGGCGCAGUUGGACUGCGGUAUCUCCAAAACACGGAGAAUACCUCGCCUGAGGCGGAUGACGAUCGGAAGGAAUCAUGCGUCGCUGGAUUCUUUACUAGUCUGGGGCGUUUGGAGGCGUGGGCAAAGACACAUCGAUCACACCUCGCGAUUUAUCGGGGAGCGCUGGCGCAUGCCAAAAUCUUUGGCGAUACGAGGAAGUUUCGAACUUGGCAUGAGGUUUCAGUGCUCAAUGAGGGAGAUGCCAGGUUUGAGUACGUCAACUGCGUGCCGAAGACUGGCGUGAUUCCCUUCAUCCCACUCGCUGCUCAGGAUGAUGCGCUAUAG